AUGCCGCUUACACAGUCGCCCUUUACCGCCAAGUUCAAUGACCGUGUCCAGGGGCUGUUAGAUAGAUGGCACGUUCCUGGUCUCGCGAUAGCUGUCAUCGAUGGCCCGUCCACUUUCUCCAAGGGAUAUGGAUUUUCGGUACUUCCCGAUACUCCAGUGACACCUGAAACAGUCUUCUUCACGGCAAGCACCACAAAGUCCUUCACUGCCGCGAGCGUCUCGCUGCUCAUUGAUGAGAAUCCGGGCCUUGACUGGACUUCGACCCUUUCAUCAGUGAUUAAAGAUGAAUUUGUUCUCUCGGAUAGCUCUAUUACAUCGCAAGUUACAUUUGAGGAUGCCCUAAGUAACAGAGCUGGCCUUUCAGACCACAAACUUAGUUUCGGCCCGAAAACGAACUCUGUCAAGGACGCUGUACGAUCUCUAAGACAUCUUCCUCUGGCUGCUGAUUUUCGUGCACGGUAUCUGUACAGCAGUUAUAUGUUCUCCGCUGUUUCUCAUGCAGUUGAGACCAUGACCGGCUCUGGUCUCGGAGAUUUGAUGAAGGAGAGGCUUUGGGGUCCCCUGGGCAUGAGGCACACAUACUGGACACCACAACAAGCGGCAGCAGACCCAGGGACAAUAUUAGCACAAGGCUACGCCUGGGACGCAUCCACCAAGACCUUCAUCGAACAACCAGUUCCCGACUUUCCAGCCGUAUCAGGAGCCGGCGCAAUGAUCAGCAACGUCGUCGACUACGCGAAAUGGCUCCGCGGCAUGAUGAACAUGUCAUCUCCAUUAAGUCAAGCCGCACAUCAGACACUAACAGAACCACGCAUCCAUUUCACUGAAUCUGGUAACAAUCCAUUUGCACCGCCUCAUGCCUAUGCUCUUGGCUGGACGAUUGACACAUAUCACGGCCAACGUGUUAUCUGGCACGGGGGUAGCUGGACUGGAUUUGGGUCUGUCAUGAUGUACCUGCCAGAUCUUCAGUGGGGGUUGGUAAUGAUGGGGAAUACAACUGGGACGACUAACUGUGUACAGAUCUCUCUGUUCAUGGACAUGUUGGAUGAACUUUUGGGUACCCCUUCUCCUGAGAGGGUGGAUUGGAGCUCUGAGCUUGAAUUACGGAUAGCGAAUAGGAGACGUGAUAAUCUCCGUGUUAGGGAACGUCUCUAUCCAUCUUUGCCCUCUCAGCCAUCUCGUCCCUCGGUUUCUCUCGACGCCCAUGCUGGACGGUAUUCUCAUCCUGCUUAUGGAAAUCUAGACCUGGAGCUGCGUGGGGUUAGUCUUUUUGCCGAUCGCCUGCUUCAAGAAAUUCCUAUGGUGAUUUGGAUGCUUCACGUCACGGGCGACUCAUGGCUGGCGAGGCUCGAGGUUCUGCGUCAAGAUCCCAGGGAUUAUGACUUUGUGAAAGCAACUUUUGAAUUUACUGUGGAUAGAGUGGCAAAGAGAGUUGGCCUGGAUCUGGAACCUGCACUGGGAGGCGAAAUGAUAUGGUUUAACAGGCUGAUACUGUAA